UCAAAAAGAAGAUCUCAGGGACUAUCGCUGGAUGCUAUAUAUCACUGCCUGAACAGGACCAUCUUGUACCAGUUCUCAAGGGCACACAAAACUGUUCCUCAGCAAGUGGCUCUCCUUGAUUCCCUAAGGGUCCUUACUGUGAACAGGAACUUAAUUCUGGGACCUGGAAAUCAUGAUCAAGAGUUCAUCAGCUGCCUAGCUCACUGCUUGAUUAAUCUGCAUGUGGGAAGCAACGUUGAUGGGUUUGGAUUGGAAGCAGAAGCGAGGAUGACAACUUGGCACAUUAUGAUCCCCUCUGAUAUAGAACCAGAUGGAGUCUACAAUCAAGAUGUCAGUGAAGGUCGCCAGCUUCUUUUAAAAGCUAUAAACAGAGUGUGGACAGAGCUGAUCCAUAGUAAAAAACAGGUUUUAGAAGAAGUUUUCAAAGUGACGCUACCUGUCAAUGAUCGUGGCCAAGUGGAUAUAACUGUUGCAAGACCUUUUAUUGAGGAAGCAAGUUUAAAGUGUUGGCAGAAUCAUUUGGCUCAUGAGAAGAAAUGCAUCAGUAGAGGGGAGGCUUUGGUUCCAACCACACAGUCCAAACUUUCACGAGUUAGCAGUGGGUUUGGACUCUCUAAACUAACUGGUUCAAGGAGAAACCGCAAGGAGAGUGGACUCAAUAAACACAACCUCUCUACACAGGAAAUUUCCCAGUGGAUGUUUACUCACAUUGCAGUGGUUCGGGACCUGGUUGAUAUGCAGUAUAAGGAAUAUCAGGAGCGUCAGCAGAAUGCGUUAAAAUAUGUGACAGAAGAGUGGUCUCAAAUUGAAUACGAGUUACUACGAGAACGAGGUUUGUGGGGUCCCCCCAUUGGCUCCCAUCUUGACAAGUGGAUGUUGGAGAUGACUGAGGGUCCCUGCAGAAUGAGGAAAAAGAUGGUGCGAAAUGACAUGUUUUACGUUCAGUAUCCAUACAUGCCUGAAGCUGAGCAAGAAGCAAACGUACUGUCUGACUUCUCAAGUAGACUUCCUGAGACAUCUGAUGAUACCAUUCCUCAAAAGAAACCUGCUCGUUACCGAAGAGCUAUAAGUUAUGACAGUAAGGAGUACUACAUGCGCCUGGCUUCUGGGAACCCGGCAGUCUUUCAGGAUGCUAUAGAAGAGAACACAGUGGGUGAAACAACUCAGCAGGAGCCAGAACAUGGGGAGGACACUAUUGCAAGAGUCAAAGGCCUGGUGAAGCCUCCCCUGAAAAGAUCUCGUUCUGCUCCUGAUGGAGGAGAUGAUGAAAGCCAGGAACAAUCACAGGAUCAAAUUGUUGAGGGGAGUUCAAUUGAUGAAGAGGAAAAGACUGACAAUACAACUUUGCUUCGACUUCUUGAAGAAGGAGAGAAGAUUCAGCAUAUGUACCGCUGUGCUCGGGUUCAGGGCCUUGACACCAGCGAAGGGCUGCUUCUCUUUGGGAAAGAGCACUUCUAUGUCAUUGAUGGGUUUACCAUGACAGCUACCAGAGAAAUACGGGAUAUUGAGACACUGCCUCCAAAGAUGCAUGAGCCAAUCAUACCUCGGGGAGCAAGGCAAGGUCCAAGUCAACUCAAAAGAACAUGCAGCAUAUUUGCAUAUGAAGAUAUCAAGGAAGUACAUAAAAGGAGAUACCUUUUACAGCCAAUUGCAGUUGAAGUUUUCUCAGGAGACGGACGAAACUAUCUUCUGGCUUUCCAAAAAGGGGUUAGAAACAAAGUUUAUCAAAGGUUUUUGGCUGUGGUGCCAUCUCUAACUGAUAGUUCAGAGUCAGUGUCUGGGCAGAGACCAAACACCAGCGUAGAGCAAGGGUCUGGCUUGCUUAGCACUUUAGUGGGAGAAAAAUCUGUUACUCAAAGAUGGGAAAGAGGAGAAAUCAGUAACUUCCAGUACCUGAUGCACUUAAACACACUGGCGGGCAGAUCCUAUAAUGAUCUCAUGCAGUACCCUGUCUUUCCCUGGAUCCUCGCAGACUACGAUUCAGAGGAACUGGAUCUUACAAAUCCCAAGACAUUCAGAAACCUGGCCAAACCUAUGGGAGCUCAAACAGAAGAUAGGCUAGCCCAGUACAAGAAGCGAUACAAAGAUUGGGAAGAUCCCAAUGGGGAAACCCCAGCUUAUCACUAUGGGACCCACUAUUCAUCGGCCAUGAUAGUGGCUUCCUAUCUUGUUCGGAUGGAGCCUUUUACUCAGAUUUUCUUACGAUUACAGGGCGGUCACUUUGACCUGGCUGACCGAAUGUUUCACAGCGUACGGGAGGCUUGGUAUUCAGCAUCAAAGCACAACAUGGCAGACGUGAAGGAGCUCAUCCCAGAGUUCUUCUACCUCCCUGAGUUCCUGCUCAAUUCCAACAAUUUUGACCUAGGUUGCAAACAAAAUGGCACUAAACUUGGUGAUGUAAUACUCCCCCCAUGGGCAAAAGGAGAUCCUCGUGAAUUUAUCAGAGUUCAUCGGGAGGCUCUGGAAUGUGACUUUGUGAGUGCACACCUGCAUGAGUGGAUUGACUUGAUCUUUGGCUAUAAACAGCAAGGUCCUGCUGCAGUUGAAGCUGUAAAUGUCUUUCACCAUCUCUUCUAUGAGGGGCAAGUGGACAUAUAUAACAUCAACGAUCCAUUAAAAGAGACAGCUACCAUAGGAUUCAUUAAUAACUUUGGACAGAUACCAAAGCAGCUCUUUAAAAAACCACACCCACCAAAGCGUGUUAGAAGCAGACUGAAUGGAGAUGUUGUGGGAACCUCCGUGCCCCCUGGUUCCACAAGUGACAAGAUUUUUUUCCAUCAUUUGGACAACUUGCGGCCAUCUCUCACCCCAGUGAAAGAGCUCAAGGAGCCCGUGGGACAGAUCGUGUGUACUGAUAAAGGCAUUCUGGCAGUAGAGCAGAAUAAAGUUCUCAUCCCACCUACGUGGAACAAAACUUUUGCUUGGGGCUAUGCAGACCUCAGCUGUAGACUGGGUACCUAUGAGUCAGACAAGGCAGUAAUUGUUUAUGAAUGUUUGUCAGAAUGGGGUCAGAUACUGUGUGCCAUUUGCCCCAACCCCAAACUAGUUAUCACUGGAGGAACGAGCACAGCAGUGUGUGUAUGGGAAAUGGGCAUCUCCAAAGAAAAAGCUAAAGCUCUCACACUGAAACAGGCAUUACUGGGUCAUACUGACACUGUCACAUGCUUGACAGCAUCCCUAGCUUAUCACAUAAUUGUGAGUGGAUCACGGGAUCGCACCUGCAUCAUCUGGGAUUUGAAUAAACUCUCAUUUCUAACACAGCUUCGAGGUCACAAGGCUCCAGUUUCAGCACUCUGUAUAAAUGAAUUAACGGGUGAUAUUGUAUCAUGCGCUGGCACCUACAUCCAUGUAUGGAGCAUUAAUGGCAGCCCUACUGCAAGUGUAAACACUUUCACUGGCCGAAGUCAGCAAAUAAUGUGUUGCUUUGUGUCAGAGAUGAAUGAGUGGGACACCCAGAAUGUCAUAGUAACAGGACAUUCAGACGGGGUUGUCCGGUUCUGGAGGAUGGAGUUUUUGCAAGUACCAGAAACACCAGCUCCAGAGCCCGUGGAGAUGCUGGAAAUGCAAGAGGAUUGUCAGGAAGCACAAAUAGGUCAGGAAGCUCACGAAGAGGACAGCAGUGACUCCGAGGCAGAUGAUACAUGCAUAGGCCAGGACACAAAACCACAGGAGUGCCAGAGUCAACCAAGCAGCACCAGCCACAGGCCUAGGUCAUCAUCAAACAGAGCAGCGGCAGCAUGGUCAGCAGACAGCGGCUCUGAUGACUCCAGGCGUUGGUCAGACCAGCUCAGCUUGGAUGAAAAAGAUGGCUUUAUCUUCGUGAAUUAUUCUGAGGGACAAGCAAAAAUGCAUCCCCAUGCUCAGGUUAACCACCCGCACCCCAGCUAUGCUGAAGUACGGCACUACAGCAAGCUUAAACCAGGAUACAGAUGGGAGCGUCAGUUGGUGUUUAGAAGCAAACUAACUAUGCACACAGCAUUUGAUCGCAAAGACAACGCACACCCAGCAGAAAUCACUGCACUGGGCAUCUCUAAGGAUCACAGCAGAAUUCUGAUUGGGGAUGGUCGAGGCAGAGUGUUCAGCUGGUCUGUGAGCGAUCAGCCUGGCCGGUCUGCAGCAGAUCACUGGGUGAAGGACGAGGGGGGAGACAGCUGCUCGGGCUGCUCAGUCCGCUUUUCACUCACUGAGAGACGUCACCACUGCAGGAACUGUGGACAGCUCUUCUGCCAGAAGUGCAGUAGGUUUCAAUCUGAAAUCAAGCGUCUGAAGAUUUCAUCCCCAGUCAGAGUCUGCCAGAACUGCUUCUACAACCUGCAGCAUGAGCGGGGUUCAGAGGAGGGGCCCAGAAAUUGAUGGGGUUGUGGCAAACAGACUCCAUCCAGCCGCACCGUCACUCAAAGAACUAGUGAGAGUAUCGUGCGGUGAUCAGAAGGGAUUAGAAUAUUGCCUGUUUACACUUAAGUUUAUACUGAGUUUUAAGCACUAUAAGUAAAAAGGGAUCAUUGAGUUGAUUUGUGUUGACAGAAGGUAAAUGAGGCUAAUGGUAUAAUUAAGUGAAGAGCAAGGCCCAGGAAGACAUGAUUAAUAACCACAAUAGAACUGUCAGCCCCUCAACCCAUGUUGACGUGGCUAUUGAGAAAAUCCUCACUAAUCCUAAACACCCAUUCUUGUCUUGUUUUUGUAGAGCUAGUCAUCUUUAUCGGGGGGAGGGGAGGGGAAGGCUUUUUAGAAGAUAGUUGUAAAUCUGCCUUCUUCGCAAGCAACUGUGUAUAUUGUAAAUAGGUAUAAUGGCCUUUUUAUCUAAAUAUGAACUUAACUGCCUGUUACAUGGGACUUCAGAUUAACCGCUAUACUUUGUGUGGCAUCUUUAUCUCAUCAAUUUAAAUACGAAUGUUAAAAAAAGAGAAAAAGAUUCUAAGGCAUUAUGCGUAUUUCUGUUAAAAAUCCAGUCUGUGCAUGUUCUUCUUUCAGUUGCCCACAGUAUCUUAAUUUUAAGUGAGGCUGUUCAUAGAAUUACAUGGAUUUUUUCAAAAGAAAACAUUUUUGAGAAUAGGACUUGGAGUAUUUUAUUCUAGCUGUAAGAUAACCAGGAACUAAAUUGUACACUUGUGUUGCAUUUUAUACCAAACUAUUUACCACCUCAGUGUUGUUCAUAUUUAAUAAGGCCUCUUUUAUACAUAUGUCAGAGCUGCAGUUUUGUUAAUUACUUAAUGUUCAUUAGCAGCUGAUUCAUGCAGUGCAAGAACCAGCUUUUACCUACUUUAGUCAAGAGCAGUUGGCUUGCAUAUAGGUACAGAAUGAAUUCCUUGUUACAUAAACUUUUAACCGCUGUUGUCCUGUAGCUUGUUUGC